CAGGGAUGGCACUGGAGAGCCACCGCUAGCGAAGCGCUUCAUCGAAAGCACGAAGAGCUCAGCGAAAGGCCCUCUCCAAGGCCACUCACCUUAUAGCACAUUGGGAGGCGUUCGACUCGACCUGGAAGCGGCUUCUGGAUCGACUAAGAUGAAACGACGCUUUUUCGAGGAACAAAUCGCGAAAAAUAGUAUAACAGAUCGACUUCUACAACGCAAAAUACAAUUAGGCUUGACAACAUACAAUGGAGCUCCAAGUGAAAGUACAGCCGGUUAUGAUAGCGUGGAAGCGGAUUUCGCAGGAGGUGUGAGUAAUACGGCUAGUUCGAGAACAUCGCCAAGGUAA